AUGCCAAAAACAGGAUCGGGAUCGAGCAGACGAGUUAAUAAAAUACGACAUAGAAAAAUAAUAAAAGAAAAUAUUAAGGCAAUCACAAGACCGGCGAUUAGAAGAAUGGCACGCCGAGGCGGUGUGAAGAGAAUAUCGGGUGAUAUUUAUAAUAUCGCAAGGACUUGCAUAAAGGACUUUGUCACGGAUGUUCUCAGGGACUGUGUGUCCUAUGUAGAGUACGAAAGGAAGAAAACAGUAGGAGUCAUGGAGAUGCUUUUAGCACUCAAAAGGCAAGGACGAACCCUGUAUGGGUUCGACCACGAAAUUAUUGUAUUUCAACAAUUAGAACGUAUGUUUCCUUUGCUUGGUCAAAGGAUGAAUAUUUGGCGAGAUAUAACCUCCAUUGCUAUAAAAAGAGUGAAGACAUGUUCAGAAACUCAUAUAUUUGCCACAACAAAAUUAAUAUUGAAGAUACAGCGCAUGGAAUUCAAAAAAUUAUUUUUAGAGAUGAUAAAAGAAAUAUUAAACAAGAGCGUUCAACAAAUUGAUGAUCAGUUAAUUGAUAAAUUAUUUAUAAUUUGCGAUUGCAAUAAAAGAAACAAAAUUUUAAACGUUCCAAAUCCGAUGAGCGAAGAGAUUUUAUACUAUAUAAUGAUUAGAUUGCAAAGCCAAUCUUUUACAUCUUCGAAAAUUCCUUUAAACGUUUUAAAAGCUACGUCUAUAAACGAACUUGGCGGAUUGCUCCUUAAAAAAACAAUUGAUAUAAGAUUAUUGCAACAACUUUUAAAAUAUUCCGAUGAUGAAUUAUUUUCUCAUUUUGAUGCAACUAUUUUGUUCGGCUGCUCAGAUAUAGAUGAUUAUAUACAACAAUUGCAAUUUUUAGAUGGAGUAAAUUUGGAUCAAGCAAUUGCACCAGAUUUUUGGGCGUUCCAUGAAAAAACGUUAGACAGCGCGAGACGUUAUUACAAAUAUUAUCAAUCUUUAACUUUUUUAAAUAUCUUUGAAGUUUGUUACCAGGAAGAUGCUGCAACCAAAGUGGAAUAUAUAGCGCAAAAAUUGAUGCCGAUUGUUUUUGAAAGAUACGAAGCAUUAGUUGAACAAAUUAGGGAUUGA